GAAAACCUGAAAGCCGGUAGAUUGUGAGAGAGAGAGAGAGAAAACAGUUGGAUUUUUAAGUUAGUUGGUUUCUGUUUGUAGUUUACGCAUACUUGCAUUGCAUCUCCCAUUUUGCGCGAUUUGUUCUUCGAUUGUCUCCUGUUCUACUUUAAACUUAUCAACUUUAUUUUGAGGUAAUUUAAUUAUUAACAAAUCAGUAAAAAGUCUGGAAAUGAGGGAGCAGGAGAGGAUUUCAGGAGGAGGAGCGGUGUUGAAUUUUCCGGCGGAUGGUGAGGAAACGAUGUCGUCGUCUUCUCUUUCGCCGCCGUUAAAGGCACCUCCUCGAAGAUUGAGAAGACGUCUGCUCGCAGAGCCUAAAACACCUCUCUCUGCUGAAGAUAUCGAGGCUAAGCUUAGAGAGGCCGAUCUCCGUAGGCAGGCUAAGAGGCAAAGACCAGAGUAUCUGAGGCAGAGAAGAAACAUGAACAAUCAUCUGUAUGCUAACUCAAAAAUUAUUCAUAAGGAGGAGUACCUUUCGAGAGCAUUAGCAAGGUAUUGGAGGCGCUUUGUGACAUUGAAGAAAACUACUCUAUCUUUGGCAAAAGCUUUUCUAUCCAUAGAGAUCAAUGAAGAAUCAGUCAAAUCAAUGCCAUUUGAGCAGCUUGCUCUAUUUUUAAAGUCAACGACAACCCUCAAGACUGUGAAAGCUUUAGUAAAACGUUUGGAAUCUCGCCUCAAACUAUCACAGGUAGUCAGGCGCAGUCAAUCUAGUCCAGCCAACGUUAAUCACCUUCUUAGGCUUCUUACUUCCCCACAUGGUAAGGGCAAUUCUAGUAAUACCAUUGAACGAGGAGCAAUAACUAUCAAGUCUAUUGAAGAGGAACAUCAAACAAUGGUAAAAUUAUCAAGGUAUCCAGUCAGAGUUGUAUUAUGUGCUUAUAUGAUAAUGGGACACCCAAAUGAAGUUCUGAGUGGACGGAGUGAGUGUGAGAAUACCCUAGCUGAAUCCGCAGUUAAUUUCAUCCGAGAGUUUGAGUUGCUGGUCAAAAUUAUAAUGCAUGGCCCCAUUAAAACUUCUGAAGAGGCAACAACCUCUGCAAUUUCAAAUCAAAAGACUUUCAGAUCUCAGCUGGAAGCUUAUGACAAAGCUUGGUGCUCUUACCUGCAUCAGUUUGUAGCGUGGAAGUUAAAGGAUGCUAAAUUGUUGGAGGAGGAUCUAGUGAGAGCUUCCUGCCAGCUUGAACUCUCUAUGCAAACAAACAAGCUGACUUUAGGAGAUGAUGGAGGUCUUACUCAUGAUAUGGAGGCUAUUAAAAAGCAGGUUCUUGAUGAGCAGAAACUUCUAAGGGAAAGAGUACAUCAUAUUAGUGGUAGUGCUGGACUUGAACGGCUAGAACGAGCUCUUGCUGAAAUUCGGUCUAAAUUUAUUGGAGGCAAGAAAUCUGAGAGUCAUCCAUCAAAAUCUUCUACUGCACAUGCUUCACCUUCCUGUCCAUCUGGUCCUGUGGAAGGGUUAUCAGAUCCCAUAUCUGUGGAGACAAGUCAUUUAGCUAAAGGUUUCAAAGGUUCAGGUGGAAAAAUUCACUUGUUUGAUCAUUCUUUGUCAGAGAGAGAAAUUGGUUUUUCCUCUCCAAAAAGUAUCACCAAUAACAGUCAGAGCUUUAAUCCAAUGUUAGUCAGUGAGAAUGAAUUACUUGUGAAUGAAAUUGUCCAUGGACAUCGCCAUGGGUUUGCUGACGUUCUUGAUGCUGUGGAUAAAGAUCAGAGCACUGUUAAGGCGAAGGUGAGAGAGACAAUGGAGAAGGCUUUCUGGGAGGGUAUUAUGGAAUCCAUCGAACAAGAUGAACCUGAUUUUAGCUGGAUUCUUAAACUCGUGAAAGAAGUCAGGGAUGAGCUAUGUGAGAUGUCUCCUCAAAAUUGGAGAGAGGAGAUUGUUAAGGCAAUCCACGUUGAUAGGCUUUCGCAUGUAGUACUGAAAUCAGGCACUCUAGAUAUGGAUUAUCUUGGGAAGAGCUUGGAGUUUGCAUUAGUCACUUUGCAAAAACUCUCUGCCCCAGCAAAUGAUGAGAAAAUGAAAAGCUCCCACAAUAAAUUACUUAGAGAACUACAAGAGAUAUGUAAAGCCGGAGAUAAAUCGAGCUCCUCAUUUUCCCUUUUAGCAAUUAAAGGUCUACGCUUUGUCCUGCAGGAGAUUCAGGCUCUUAAGAGAGAGAUCAGCAAAGCUCGUAUUCAGUUUGUGGAGCCAUUCAUCAAGGGGUCUUCUGGUCUGGAAUAUCUAAGAAAAGCUUUUGCCAACAGAUAUGGGCUGCCAGCUGAUUCUCCAUCCUCUUUAAUAUUAACGAGGCAAUGUCUGUCAUCAGUUCUUCCAAUUGUAGAGCAGGAGUGGAAUGAGUACAGGGAUUCUCUAUCUGUUCUUGCAAGUGAUGUAGGGUCUUCCCAAGUGCUCCCAAAAACUCUUCGAACUGGUGGCAACAUUGCAACAAUAUCAGAAACUGGAUCUCCAGCUUCAGGUUUUGAUCAACUAGAAUGCAAGGGAGAAAGGAUUGAUACAUUGGUUAGGUUCAUCCUGUUGAAGCUUGUAAGUGGAAUAGGAGGGCUGACUUUGGAAACUCUACCUGAGACGCUUAAACUUAAUCUGUCCAGGCUGAGAGUUGUCCAAUCACAAUUUCAGAAAAUUAUUGUUGUCUCUACCAGCAUGCUGAUCCUCCGACAAAUGAUUGUGACUGAGAAGUUAUUGAGCAACUCUCUAGAUAUGGAAAAUAUAGUAUCUGAAUCAAUUGAGCAACUCUCUGAGCUGUUGGAUAGAGUUGAGAAUGUAGGAUUAUCAGAAAUUGCUGCUACCAUAAGUGGGACAUUAAAUAUUAGUGGCCAUGUGAUUGAUGCUGAAAAGCUCCAAGCGAGGCAGAAGAUUAUGCAAAGCAUGCUGGGCAAAAGCUUGCAAACGGAGGAUGCUGUCUUUGUAAAUGUGUCUCGAUGUGUUUAUCGAGCUCUGAGAGGAGCUGUUUUAGGAGGGAGUGGGUAUAAGGGAAGGCAAUUAGUGGUGUCAGCUCUUCAGAAGGUGGGAGCAAUGGCUCUUGCAGACAGAAUAAUCGAAGCUGCUGAAGUUCUGAUUGUGAUGGCAACUAUUUCCUGCAGUGUUCAUGGAGCAUGGUAUGAAGAACUGCUUAAGAAUAUAUAAUUUGUUUUAAGACUCUUCAAAUUGUAUAAUCGUCGAUUGCCGACAUUGUUAAAAAACCUAGAGCAAUCUGAUUAUAAUUCAAUUCGUGAUGAUCUGGGCUGUGAGGGCUCUCGGCCACAUAGGUAGUUCAAUAUGCUUAUCAGCACAGGACCCUGAGAUGCAAAGGAUAUUGAGUAUUACCUGUAUAUAUUAAUGUUUGAUAUACAUGUUUGUGUAUCUGUAAAGUUACAGUGGCUAUCAUUUGGACCCUGAUUAAUAAAUCAUGUUGGGUCUUAGUGCUCCUA